CGUCUCAGAAUCACUUAUGAGUCUACGAAAAUCAGCUCAGCGACUUCCGUCGCUGAGAAGAUCGACCAAACGCAAUCGAACGAUGCGCACACUGUUAGUACUAUGGUGUAUCGCAGUAGGACAGCAGCAAUGCACGGCUUCAUGUCCACACCCUGGAUCACCAAAGUUCGGACGCCUAAUCAACGCGACAUGGACUCGCUUUCCACGAGGGCAUUCUAUCGAAUAUACCUGUGACGAGGGGCAAGUCCUAUUCGGCGAGCCUCGCAGACUGUGUACAGAGUCUGAUCGUUGGGAACCACCUGAAGUACCGCAGUGUCUCAACAAUCUUGUCGCAGUUAAAAACGAUCUCAAGAUCCAACAUAACCGAGAUGGAUCGGCCGAGAUUCUUAAGUCGUUUGAUAAAGAUUAUUGUCAGAGCAUCGGCGGGAUUGAAUACAUUUGGAAUGUGACGUUGUUAGAAAGCGCAUUGGUCACCAAUCUCGAAGUGCGUUUUCGACAAACACCUGAAACUCUGGCUGACGAAGAGGCUGUCGGCCAGGGUAAGAUAGAGAUGGAAGCAUGGAUGGAAACACCAACCGAAGAUGACCCAGACGCCGGUCGGGUCAUGUGCGAUUCGGUAACAGUUCUCGUCCCGAUGCGGAAGAACAGCUUUCAGCUUGUAUGUAACGGAAAUGGCACGGUGGUCAAUCUUAAACUCGUUGAGACAUCAGUGGCAGCCGUAACCGUCGACAUCUGCACAAUUGCCGUACUGUCCCCCGAUACAAUGCCACCGAAACUGUGCUACAACCCAAAUAAUAAGGACAUUAUUAUCUCGACAAUGGACAAUAUGUGCUUCUAUCUGAACACAAAAAGGUUCAAUGCUAACAACUCAGCUCUGAUGUGCAGCUCGAUCCAUGCUGAGCAACUCUCCAGGGAGGAGGUGAUGCGUCGGCCGAAUCUAAAAUACUUUGUUCAUACAUUUCUUGCGUACGUCAAAAAGGACGAAAUCGAAGUGUUCUUUAGGUGUCCCGCAGACAACCGAAGUUGUGCCACAUUUAAACUCGACACCGAUAUCGACACGAUGGAAAAGGUCGGCAAAAUCGAAGCAGAGAAAGCGAACGUUGAACUGCAGGUGCUCUGCAAAGCUCCUCCUAUACAUUGUGGUGUACCAUUCGUAGCAACUGCUGCAACCAAGUCGAAAGUUGAGGGUAUCUGGGAACGCCAGCUCAAAACAGGUUUCAUUCCUGAGUAUCCCGUGGGGGUUAAUGUGACCUACAGCUGCUGGAAGGGCUUCACGAUGGUGGGGCCUGAACGAAUUACUUGCUUAGAGAACGGCGAAUACGACAUGGAGCCUCCGCUUUGUGAAUGGAUCCUUCCGGUAACCGAAACAUUUAUGGCUCUCAUCGUCUUUGGCACCAUGCUGUUGAUCUGGAUCUGCAUCGUUCUCAAGGAAAUCUUCAUGAACUGGCUUUUUCGACGCGCCAUCGAAUUAAAAAAGCGUCAGGAAGCGGAAGCCGAGGCUCGACGGUUGGCAGAGGAAGAACGCCUCCGUCGAAUCGAAGAAGCCAAGCCAAAACCCCUUCCAGCCGGAUAUAUGCCUACUGCACCGAAGCCGGUACCUUCGCGCGGACGUGGAGGCCGAGGACGGGGCGGGAUGACGAGAGGGCACAGUAAAUAACUCGAGGAAAGUCUAAAGUAACAGCAAUUGUACUUUCACAGAACGCCAUCGCGCCGACCUAACAAACAAGACCUGAAUAUCUGCCCCGACACAUGGCUACCUCCCUCGUGCAAUCUUUUUUCUCGAGGAUUUUUGCCAGCAUCGCUCUGGUCAUCGUCCGCAACCGUUUGGCCCCAAUCAAUACAUUUUACUGUCUGUAAACUGUGCAGUGACGAUCUAACAGCAUCGUCCUAAAGUGGAUCCUCAGUGGUUGAAAAAGCGACGAUGGUCAAAACCGGCUUAUUGCACACGUGUCACUCAUGUAUAUACCUAUAUAGGAGUGUUAGCAGACGAAAAUCUGUGCAAUAACAAAUCUAAUAACUAGUUAAAGAAAUUUUCUACUGCGAACUCGAAAUCCAAAUCGAAGUACAGCUUAAAUAAGUUGUACCUGCACAGCGCGCGUCAAUAGCAACGGGCAUGGCAUCAUCCAAAAAACUCUUUCCAGGGAUAAUAGUACAUCGAGUAGUGCAUCUUUGUCUUCAAAACGCUUCGCAGAUCGGUCGUCAACGAAAUCGCAAAAAGCUUUCAAACGUGCUAUCAGAAAGUCCGAAGCUAGUGUUAAGGAAAGAGCUCUAUUGAGAAGUUCAAUCACAGAUAUUGUAAAAACAAACCGGACUGGGUAGAGCACAGGAUGUAGACAUACGCUCAUACGCGGGCUCUUUCAAAAACGUCAUUUCACAUCUCAAUGUAAACUGUCUUUUUUUUAUGUACAUAAUGCGAUAACCAACUGUUGAAUGAAUGAAAUAGUUGCGAUCGAAAAGAUUAGGAAAUAAAUAGCUUUCAUCGAACUAGAAUAGGGAAGUGAUGUAACAUGAAAUACGAAGGCGUAUAUAUACCAUGAUGAUUUUUUGAUAACAACAAAGAGAAAUGAAUUGUGACUUUAUCCAGAGGUGAAACGUAGAGACGUCUUAGUCAAAGCAAUAUUUUUUCUGCGUUGCCACGACAUUGCAACGCGUUAAGUUUGAAAUAUAUUUUUGAGUCUGCAAUAGAUCUAUAAAACUAUAAAAUAAGGCA